UCUUCAUAUAUAUCUUAUCCAUUUAUUACCCAAUCUUUUCUGCUCCCUUUCUUUCCUCCUAUAUAUUUCAUCUCAAUUCUUUAAAUCUUAUUACUUUUUUCCUCCUUCUUGUUGCAAAUUAAAUUCAAAGAUGAGUCACAGCCAGCAGAAUCAGCCUUCAGUUGCCUACCCACCAGCAUCUACUGCCCCAGGACCCUAUGUGGCUCCACCACCAGCCGGUUACCCUAUGAGCAAAGACGGUCAAGAGCAAUAUUCUCAAAAUCCUGCUGCCCCCGAAACCAAGUCCAGAGGUGAUGGAUUCUGGAAGGGAUGUUGUGCUGCCCUAUGCUGCUGUUGUGUUUUGGAUGCAUGCUUCUGAAGAUUUACACAGCUUUAGAAGCUUAAUUAUGUUCAUUCAUUGGAGUUUCCUUUUGUUUAUAGGAUUAUUAGUUUGAUUUGUUUGAUUCUCAUACACUGAGAAAUUAUAUGUUUUUUCCUUAAUGAACAUGAAGAUCAGACUGCUAGGUUUCUCUCCUCGUGCUUUUAUAUUUGAAUAAAUCAUUAUUGUAUUUUUUCCCUAUUGUGGUUGAAUACAUCAUUAUUGUAUUUUUUUUUAUGGAGGUUGUAUUGUCACAAUCAAUUUAGUUUUGUCUAUGGA